AUGUAUAAUACACUUAAAUUUGAAAAUAUUCAAUGUUCAAAGAAUGAUGAUACUGAACCAGUAUUGAAGAUGGUUCAUUGUAACAAGACAAUAAAUCAUCUUCUUCAAUGUAGAUCAUCUACACUAAUAGAUAGAAAAAAAUUGAAGCCCUUCAUUUAUUCAUCAUGUUUAGAUACUAUUGAAAUAAAAGACAAUCAUUUACAGAAGAUAACACGAAACAUUCCAAUUAGAUAUAAAGAUAAAUUGUAUAUAAUUCCAGAGAAUAAUAUCUACUCUUCAGAUUAUGAUAGGGAUCAACGAUUUACUUAUAUGUAUGAAGAAAUUUUUGAGUUAAAUCAAUAUGAUGAUCUGAUUAAAAGUUAUUUGAAUAGUAGAGAUAGACGAAUAAAAUCUGUAAGUAUGAAAAAUGCUUGUGAAAUACAAAUCAAUGGACCAUUCAAUAUACCUGAAUAUAUAACAAAUGGAAUAAUUCAUCGAUGGAAAAUUAUAUAUCAAUGUCAUAUAUAUUCAUUGAAUGAAAAUCAAUUGAAAAAAUGUAUAAAUUUUCUUAAAGAAACAUUUCCUAACUCACUUCUACGAUUUAUUCAUCGAAAUGUGAUGAUAAUAUGA